AUGAAAAAAAAAAAAAAAAUUAAGUUGAAUGAAUCAGUGUGGGAUUACUUUGGAAUGCUUCGCAAGACAAGAAAACGUUACGGAAGAGCACGUCAUGUACGUCGUUCACUUCCCUUAGAACAGCAGAUUGUUGACCAUGUGGACCAGGAUGAUGGUCCACAUGAAUAUACCUUAGUAAAGGAACGAAAACCUUGUUCUACGCCAAGAGGAAGGAGGAAAAAACGUGCUGUUGGUCGCGGUGUCGGUCGUCGUGGUGUACGUCGCCGCAUGAUUAUUGAUAUUCAUUUAGAAGUCUUAGAGGAAUGUCAAAAGGGGGACAUGCAAUCGACGAAGGAGGACUUCCUUAAAAUUAUUGUAGAAGAAUUUAUGGGAAGCGAAUUCAUAAAGGGAUAA